AUGGCAAACCAACAAAGCAAUGACCCACCGUCUCUAAAACAAAAAACACCAACGACAACAAUCCACCUCUUAUCCGGAGGGGCUGCUGGCCUCGUUUCUGCCUUCACCUUGCAACCGCUUGAUUUGUUAAAGACCAGAUUGCAACAACAGCAGAAAGAGAACAUCGGCUACAGAACCACGGUCCGGAAAGAACUCAAGAAAUUGGCCAACAUCAAGGAUCUCUGGCGAGGCGUCAUUCCAUCGACUCUCCGUACAUCUGUUGGUGCAGGGUUGUACUUUACGAUCUUAUCCAGAAGCAGGCAGUAUCUUGCGCUGUUGAAAAAGUCAGGAAACACGACCAGCUCAACGAGUGUGUUACCGAAACUUUCGCAUGUCGAAAACUUGGCUAGUGGCUUUGCUGCGCGGGCCUUGGUGGGGUUUAUCACCAUGCCGAUUACAGUAAUCAAAACCAGAUUUGAGUCCAGCAUGUAUAGCUACAAUUCCAUGUAUGAGAGUUUCCAGGGAAUUUAUACCGAUGGACGGGUGGGUACACUGAAGGGCUCUGUGCGCAAUUUCUUCAAAGGAACGGUAGCUACUCUUGCUCGAGACUCGCCAUACGCUGGACUCUAUGUACUCUUCUAUGAGGGUUUCAAGAACGACAUAUUUCCAGCUGUCUUGAAACCUCUCAUUGCUGACGAAUCUCUAUUCGCUGGUGCCAGCAACUCUGCUUCGGCCGUAUGCGCUGCAUGUGUGGCCACAACCAUCACCGCGCCCUUUGAUGCAAUCAAGACUCGUUUGCAGCUUACCACGUCUCCAGCCGGGUCUGCUUCAAUUGGAAUGGUUACCAGACAAUUGAUGAGCGAGCAAGGUGGCGCCCGCAACUUGUUUAGUGGUCUUUCACUCAGACUUGGUCGGAAGGCUGUUAGCGCUGGUAUCAGUUGGUGCAUUUACGAAGAACUUUUGAAGUAUUUAUAG